GGCACAAAACAGAACUGGUGGAUAUUGUUCCGAUCUAACUCUGUCCAUAAAAUUCCCGAUAUAUUUUUUAUCAAACUGGAGUGGUUCUGGAUCAAGUCAAACCGAGACACGGAGGAGAAUCGUGGCGAGAUGUCACAAACCUCAUCAACCGCAGCCCCGACGCUGACACCUCGGUUCUGUUUUGACGAGAGGGUAUUCAGAGACUUUCUCCGGCUUUCAAGGUCUACUAUUGACGAUUCAAUUACCCAAAAUUUGAAUGCAUUGAUUACCCCAGCUCUAGACGGGUUUGACCCGUCAUCAACUGCAGUACGACAGACCGACUCUCAAUCUCGGAAAUCAAUCAAUCCCGCAGCCUGCCAGAGUUUCAAAGACAAUGUAUUAUUUCCGUCAUGGCAGACGAGAUCAGAUGUCCUUACUUACUGUGCCGGUGUGGCGACAAGUCCAGAUCCCGAAGAUCCCGACCUGAUCCUUCGGCAGACGGAAUCCGCACGAGACCGGGAACGUGUAGUCAAUGAGCGCCUUGACCCAUACUCUGCUCGGUUCUUCCCCCGUGAAGCACGCACUGAAUCAUUGGCUAAUUUAGUUCGUAAUGAACGUACCAUUGAAGAAAUUAUUCGGGCCCGAACAUGGGGAAUGAUAUCGGAGAAAUGCAAUGGCUCUUCUACCUGGGAAGAGGCUCUCAAUGACUGGCGCCAUUCUCACCAAAAAUAA